UUCUUUAAGCCGCGGUGUAUCUCAGUUUUUAUAUUUAUUUUUGGUUGAUAUACAUAUUCAUUUUUUUUUUGUUUAUUUAAUUUCUAUUAUAAUUAUUCAUCAAUCUCAAUCAAUCCCAACUGCGUAAAGCAAGAAUCUUCCUCGAUUAUGAUUUCAUUGGUAGCUUUUUGAAUAAAAGUUUUAUUUUUAUUUUUAUUUUGAACUUUUUUUUUUCCUAAUAAAUCAGUGAGAAAUGUCUGAGAAUAUUGACUCUUCCACAUCCUCCUCACCGUUUUCAUUAUCUUCAUUACCAGCUCUCUGUCUCUCUUUCUGGUUUAUCUGAAAGGGAAUGAGAUGUAAGAAAUUUGGGUGGAAAAUGGAAACUUUAUCUCUUGAUGAUACACUGGGAUUGGCACCUUUUUGUUAAAACUGAUAGUCAAUGAAUAUGAAGGACUUUAUGGAUGUUAAACAUAUGAUGUUCCUCAAUCUCAGUAUUAUGCAUUAGUAGAUAGCGCUUUCUAGCAUGGAACUCCUUUGCAUGUAUGGAGUGUUUUGACAUCUUGAAAAGAUCAUGUUGCAGUGCCUAGGAGGACUGAAGCAUUUAUGUGCUGCAGUGAUAAACUGUUGUGAUGCUGAUUUAUAUAAACAACCCAAGGGUCUGGAAGAUCCAGAAGCUUUAGCAAGGGAGACAGUCUUUAGUGUAAGUGAAAUAGAAGCUUUGUACGAACUGUUUAAAAAAAUUAGCAGUGCUGUAAUUGAUGACGGGCUUAUCAAUAAGGAGGAGUUCCAGCUUGCAUUGUUCAAGACAAACAAAAAGGAGAGUUUAUUUGCAGAUCGGGUAUUUGACUUAUUUGACACAAAGCACAAUGGGAUACUAGAUUUUGAAGAGUUUGCUCGUGCCCUCUCCGUCUUUCACCCCAAUGCACCCAUUGAAGACAAGAUCGAAUUUUCCUUCCAGUUGUAUGACCUCAAACAGCAGGGUUUCAUUGAGAGACAGGAGGUAAAGCAAAUGGUGGUGGCUACACUUGCUGAAUCUGGUAUGAACCUGUCAGAUGAUGUCAUAGAAAGUAUCAUUGACAAGACCUUUGAGGAAGCUGAUACCAAGCAUGAUGGGAAGAUUGACAAGGAAGAAUGGAGAAGCCUUGUGUUGCGACAUCCAUCCCUUCUGAAGAAUAUGACACUUCAGUAUCUUAAAGAUAUCACUACUACAUUCCCGAGUUUUGUGUUUCACUCACAAGUGGACGAUACCUGAACCCGUUAUGCAUCAAGUUUAGCAGUACAUAUUGGAGGAGACUUUGGUUCGAUUUUAUGGAGAAAAUUUGGCAUUUUUGUGUGAAAAAAAUGUCAAGAGAGCCGAGGAGAUUGUUGAUUAUUGCUUUUAUGAAAUGAAUGACUAGAAAGUUUUUCUUUCGCUUUUUCUUUAUUUUUAUUUUGAUUUUUUGGAUAGUUCAGUUGGGUGGCGGUUUAUUUUUUCUGUUUGUUGGUUGGUCUGUUUAUUUGUUUGCUUCCCUGGGAAUAAACUGUGACUCGGAGAGGUAAAAAAGAGAAAAAAAAGUAGGAAGUGUUUUCAGUGUACAUGGAAUUUGGUGUUGGGGGAUACCUAUAAUAUGGUUUCUGGCUGCUACAAGUUUUAGAGAGAAGCAAUUUAGUGGUGGAUAAAAGAAGGCAAAUGCAUAAGUUCUAGCUGGCCAAUGCUUUUAAGCCCAAGUUCUUGUGCUGCUCAGCCAUUGUCUUCCCCUUUAUCUUUCAUCUCUUAAAGUCUGAAAUUCUGGUAUAAACAUUUGCUUUGUAAAGUUGGUUCUUUAUUUCCCUUUCUUUGGUUGGGUUUGGUUUAUUUUAAUUGUUUUAUUUAUUUAUUUAUGUAUAUUUUUUUUUCAUGUAAACUCUCUCACCGACUUUACUGGGAUCAAAAGUGUUUUCAUGUAUAUGGUGCACGCAUGGCCACUAUGACGAAGA